AGCGACACCCACAAACUGUCACAACUGCACUCCAGUUUCGACCAGGAAGUCUUUUAAAAACCUGCUGUACUGUGUCUCCUCAGGUUGUUUUUGCAGGCUGCACACUGAUACACAAUGUGACAUGUUUCAAGAUGAGUAAGAGGAAGGGCAAAGUAAACGGUGAUGUGACAGCUGUCAAGAGCCGCAGAGUGACAGCUGAUACGAACCAUCGGAGAUCAUCAUCCUCCAGUAGCUUCACUCCCUCUGCCACCGGAGAUAUCGGCCUCAUUGAGAGCAUCACUCUGAAGAAUUUCAUGUGUCACCAUUUGCUCGGUCCGUUCCAGUUUGGGCCCAAUGUGAACUUCAUCGUCGGCAACAACGGAAGUGGAAAAAGUGCCAUCCUGACUGCGUUGAUGGUAGGCCUCGGUGGAAAGGCCACUGUCACUAACAGAGGAGUGUCUCUGAAGGAUUUUGUGAAGACCAGUGAGAAUACUGCAGAUAUAACAGUAAAGCUGAGAAACAGAGGACCAGAUGCUUUUAAAAAGGACGUCUACGGCGACUGCAUCUCCAUCGAGCACCGCAUCUCUAGUGAUGGAAGUCGGACCUGCAGGCUGAAGAGCAAAUCAGGACAACUUAUCUCAAACAAGAAGGAGGAGCUGACCGCCAUUCUGGACCACUUUAACAUCCAGUUGGAUAACCCGGUGUCCAUUCUCAACCAAGAGAUGAGUAAACAGUUCCUGCAUUCAAAAAGUGAAUCGGACAAGUAUAAGUUCUUCAUGAAAGCAACUCUGCUGGAACAGAUGAAGAGGGAUUACAUCCACAUCAAGCACACUAAAACAAUUACACGACAGCAGGUUGAGAGACAAGAGGAGUCUCUCAAGGACCUGAAGCAAGAGUUUCUGCAGAAGAAAGCGAGGUAUGAAAAGAUGCCGUCCUUCAGUGAGAUGAAGGUGGUUUUGGAGAAUCUGAAGAAAGCAAUGGCUUGGUGUUUGGUCAGAGAGAAGGAGCAGUUUGUGCAGCAGUUAAACGAGGACGUUGAAAAGGAAGCGAAUAAUCACAAACAUCAGGACAACCUUCAGCUCUGUCAGUCUAAGGUCAUACAAGUAGAAAAGAAGCUUCAGUGCAUCAAAUGCAGAGUUGACAGCGUGAGUCAGGAACAAGGUUCUCUAUCGGAGGACAAUCUGAAGUUGAAAGAACAAGUGAAGGUCAUCAGCAAAGCUCACAAGGAACAGGAGCUUGUUUUUUUCCGGGCUCUGAACAAACUCAGACAGUCAGAGACGGAGCAAAACCUCCUUCAGGAGAAAAUCAACAAGGCAAGAACAAGUGUUAACCUGAACAAUGAUGGAGAGACAGAAUACACAAAACAUCAAAAGAAAAUAUUGAGUCUGAAAGAGCAGCUUGCAGAGCUCGAGAAAAAGUGCUCACAGCUGAAUCAGGAGAUCAAGAACAAACACCAGGCACUUUUCACAGGAAAGGAAGAACGGGACAAGCUGAGAUUGGAGGAGAGAAACAUUCAGGUUAUGUACGAGUCCAAACUGAGGAAGAAGAAUCAGGUCCUCGCCAGUCGAUCAAACAAACUGAAGCGGUUUGGAGAUCAGGUGCCCGACCUGCUGGGCGCGAUCGCUGAGGCGUACGCUACAGGACGCUUUCUCAAGAGACCUGUUGGUCCAAUAGGGGCGUGCAUCAGUCUGAAGGAUCCCUUGCUGGCGGUAGCCGUGGAGUGCUGUCUGCGGAGCUUCAUGAAGGCUUUCUGCUGUGACAACUACAAGGACGAGACAGUCCUCCAGGAGCUCAUGUGUCGCUAUUAUCCAAAAGGCAACAGGCCGCAGAUCAUCGUCAGCCCUUUCUCUGAGAAACUUUACAACAUUCAUGGACGGAAAGCACAUCAUCCAGAAUAUCCGUCUGUGCUGGACAUCAUCACAGCGUCGAGCCCGUCCAUCAUCAACUGCCUGAUUGAUAUGAGAGGGAUAGAAUCAAUCCUCAUAAUCAAAGAAAAAGACAGAGCGAGGAGGGUCAUGCAGCAAGGCCGACCUCCUAAAAACUGCCGUGAAGCGUUCACUGCUGAAGGAGAUCAGGUGUACCCAAACCGUUAUUACACCUCCGACUUCAACAUGGCCAAAUAUCUCGGUGGGGAUCUCGAGACUGAAAUAAGUAUGUUGGAGUCAGACCUGGAGAAUCACCAGGCUCAGCUGUCCAGGUUUCAGCUCCACGUGACCUCUGUGACCGAGGACAUCGUGAGCAUGGAGAGCAGGCUGAACAGCACCAUCAUGACCCUGAAGAAGACUCUGGUCUCUGUGAAUCAAGUCAAGGCAACAAUAGCUGAGCUGGAGAAUGCUGGCGAGGAGCACAUCGACGACAUCAGCUCCUUGGAAGAAGUUUCCCAAGAGAACCGACAGAAGAUCGAGGCAGAAACGCAGACUGUUCAUGAGGCAAGGACGGAGCUCGACAAGCAUCGUAAAGCAGCUGAGGACAUCGAGUCAAAGUACUCUUCUGUUAGAGAACGGAUUGAUCAGCUUUCUGAGGAUACAGAGCUGUUAAAGGAGGAGCAGCUGAAGUUGGAGGCCGAGUGCGCAAAACAUGAACGAACCCUCACGAUUUUAGAAAACAAACUGGAGGCUCAUGAAGACAACAUCCAAGCUAUGAAAAGUGACCUCGCCCUAAGAGAAGAAGAGUUACAGGAAUAUGUGGUCAAAGCCACAGAGAUCAGUCCCGAGCGGCAGCAGGUGGUCGGCAGCACCAAGAGCAUCGACACCGAAAUCACUCGGCUGAAGAAGAAAAUCAAGGUGUUCGAGAGCAACCACGGCGAUUGCGAGCAGGUGAUCAGGGAGUACGCUGAGGCCCUCGCUCUCUACAGAGAGAAAACCAACCAAGUGAGAGAUCUGCGGAGGUUCAUCGAUCAGCUCGAAAACAUCAUGUCAGACAGGCAGAACAGAUACAAGAUAAUGCGUAGGUCUCUCUCUGUCAGAUGCAAGUUAUACUUCAAUAACUUUAUGAUAAAGCUGAGCUGCUGCGGCUCUAUGAUCUUUGAUCACAACAACGAGACACUCUCAAUCUCGGUGAAGCCUCCGGGCAGGGAGGAUGAUGGUGUGAGUGACAUGAGGUCGCUGUCUGGUGGCGAACGCUCCUUCUCCACCGUUUGCUUCAUGCUCUCCCUGUGGGAGAUCACCGAAUCGCCCUUCAGAUGCCUCGAUGAGUUCGACGUCUACAUGGAUAUGCACAAUCGCAGAAUCUCUCUGGAUCUCCUCCUGGAGUUGUCAGAGCGGCAGCGCCUUCGACAGUUCAUCUUCGUCACUCCCCUCACCACCAGCAAUCUGCCCAAAACCAGCCUCAUCAAAAUCCACCAUCUUCAGGAUCCGGAAAGAGUUCUUAGUGAAACGACGGAUGAAGAUGUUUGAACUGAGCUCUUCUGAGUGACCGAAACAUAAAAAGUGACAGAAACAAGGAUGAGUGUUUAUGUGCCUAGUCGCUGUAUAUUACAGUAUUGCUGUAUGUGAUUGGGAGUUUUGUCCUUUCACAUUUGUUUGUUGGCUUGGAUGAAUUCAUGAAUGUGUUGUGAAACCUAAUAAUUGUGUUUUUACAGUAUAUGUUGCCAGGACACAGAGGUAUGUUAGUUUGUCAGAUUAUCUUUUGUUGGUGUCUUUGGGUGUAAAAAGCAUUACUGCAUCUAUGGGCCGCUAGCAAGACCCAUAUUCUUCAUAUUACAAUUUCUAAUAUUUAUCAUCCGCUUUAAACAUUUUGGGCAUCACAAUCAUAGAUACGUAGAUACCGCAUUGGCAGCUUCAGCCCGUUGCUGGGAUACGUCAGCGUCGCCGCCAUAUUGGGGAGGUCAGGAUCGGCCUGUAAACACAUACAAGUGAACGGGGGAGUUGCCGUUUUUCUGGAUAAAACUUCUCAACCGAUUUCAUGAGGAUUUAUGAUCUACGAGGAGUAUAAAAAGAAAGUUUUGUCUCCAGUUACUUAAAAUCUCGAUACUAGGCUAUAGUCCCUGCUAAAGGCUCAAAAGAGUGUGUUCACUUGUAUGUGUUUACAGGCCAGUCCUGACCUCUCCAAUAUGGCGGCGACGUUGACAUACGAUUCAAAGGCUAGUUUGGCAUCGACGUAUAUAUAUAUCUACGAUCUCAAUAACAUUUUAGUUAUAAGUGGAAGUGAGGAGGAUUGUAUUUAUCUCAUAAGUAGCCUCUGCUUACUAUAACUGGGAAGCCACUGGUCUGAUUCCCACCUAAGCACUCUUAAGAAAGAAAACAAAUCUCUCCUGAGUCAAUCAACUAAUCAUGAGUUCUCAACUAAAUAAUGUAGCAGUAGUGAAUAAUGCAGAUGUUCAAAACAACACAGAAGUUUGUGUGUUGUUUGUCAAAAGUCGUGCACUGUACGAUGUUUAAGAUUAUAGUGUUAUAUAAUUUGCUGUUUGUGAACAGCAGGUUAGAUUAAACGUGAUUAACGAAAAUACAACAAAACUACUUAGUUAGGUUUAGUAAAAAAAAAACAUCAUGGUUUGGCUUAAAAUGACUACGACAUUGAAACAAAACAAAACCAAAAUGUAAAAAAUACUUAGCUAGGUUUAGGCAACGAAACUACUGGGUUAGGUUUAGUAAAAAAAAAAGGCAUUACGGUUUGGCUUUAAAUUACGUAAAAACAAAACGAAAACGCAAGAAAUGACUACGUUUCACACGAGACACAAACAACGAUCUCCUGGGGGAAAAGUCUGCGGCCGUCAGCAGACUUUCAUAGAUAUUUGUGAUACGUUAAAGACAAACGUAAUCCACAAAAAAAUACUUGUCCUUCCAAGCGUAGUUGAGAAAUUAAUUUAGUUUUAUGGGAACGUAAUUUUCUGAAAAUACUGUCGCCAGUAUUCCGAUUAUAUGAUGAUGUGUUUGGAUCACUGGACUUAAUUUUAGGGUUGUAGUAAUAUAGCAAAUAGUUGACAUGAUUAUAUGUUAAUUAUUAUAUGUAAGUAAUGAUAUUAUAUUUUGAAAGUAGAUAAUAUGAAUGCACUUGUGUUUUUUAAAAAAAGGACAGUAUCUUUUAAAAAUGUUACACUGAAAGUGUUUUACAGUUUGAUAUUUUUGUUUAGUUUUACCUCAGGAGUCUGGUACAAGAGAGGGGGACUCAGGACUCUACACAACCUGUCAGUGUUAAUACUUUUACAAGUUUGAUCAUAUUUGGGCUCUGUUAUAUAAACAUGUACACUCUUUCUCUCCAGUUCUCACCCUUGUUAAAACCGCUCAUCUAGCAGUCAACUGCUUUGAAGAAUCAUAUUCACUGUUACAAUAAAUGUUGGUCAUACUUGUCAUACA